AAUUCUAUUUUAAUUGAAUACAAUUUUAGAAAUUAUUCAGAAAUAGAAAAAAAAUUAAUAUUCGUUUCUAUGUCGAAAUAUUGUCGUAAAUAUUCAAUUCAGUCUUUAUUAUUUCCUUCAAAAAUGUUAUGCAUUGUGAAUAAGCUAGAGAGCUGCUCGUCGAAGAGCCGUCGAUUACCUUCGAGCUGGUAAAGAAGUACCUCACCCUUCCCCUCGAUGGAUAGAAGAGUUCUACCAUUUCCAGCGGCUGAAGAUCUUCCAGAAUUUAUCCAGAGAAAAGUCGAAAAUUUUGAACGAUCGCUCCAGUGACCCAAAAGGAUUUUUCGGAAUAUUUUCAAAGGAGAAUAUUUUUCUAAAGAUAUUCUGAAUUAUCCCAUUUAAAAUAUUUUCAACAAACAUCAACAGUAUCAGCUUGGAUUGAAAUGAGGCCCCUCUCCAGCCCCAUUCCACGACCUUCUCCACAGACUAAUUCCCCUCCAACACUUUUUAUAAAACUCUUUCGACCUUGUCUCGGACACUUGAUCGAAUUCCCAAAUGAAACUCUGCUCACUGGACCACGGAGUUAUGGCUGUUCUAAAUUAUCGUCUAAUUAGUAGAGAGUGAUUCACAAAUAAUGAGGGAAAAAACCCCAUCCACGAGGAUUGAUCUGAAUAUUUACAAGUCGUUCUUAAUUAAUUUUUGUCCCCCCGAGACGGCACUGUCUCUCACUUAGAAACCUCUUACCUUUUUGUCGAUCUUAAACCAGACUAGGAAAUGACAACUAAAUUGUCACCGACCCGGAGGAUGAAAAUAUGUCACCAUAAGUAACAGAUACAUAACACCUUUCACCCUGUCCACGAGUUCUUAGGACCCGAAAGAAAUAAAUCGCGUUGAUUAGCUAUCGCGACGUUUACUUCUCGCGAAAAAAAAUCCUCGGUAUCUUUAGUCUAUUGGGUCCUCCAGGGGGCACUGACCCAUCCCAAUUUUUCAAGACACAUUUGAAUGGCCAACGGUGGAAAUAAAAUAUUUUACGGACUCUAGUCCUCACAGUCCACCCAUUCCCGCCAAGGAAAACAAUACAAUUGUUAAUUCAUGAUAAUAAUUAAUUUCCCGGACAGUCUACGACUGGCGAGCAGUUGAUGAUGUGGAAAGUGUCCUUUCACUUCGUAUGCUCUCCCUCAAGUCUCAGGAAAUGUCGAAAGCGUCUAUUCUUCAACUUGAAUUCAACGUACUAAGCGGAAAUAAGGGUCAUUAAAGCUGUAAAAAAAUCUGUGUCAAUAAAUAUUUGCAGAAUCGGUAAGGCAACUGCCCCUGGGCUACUCCGAAUAAGCCAACAAUUAGCGUAAAAAAAAUUCCAACGAUUUAAGAAUUUCGCGGUAGCACUGCUGACUUCCAUUGCUCACGUUCCCUUGUAAUUGCAACACUUUUACAGAUCAGAAGGCGACAAUGUUUUUACGAAUGAGUUGAAGCUGACCGUCGGUUUCUCGCAUCGCUUAACAUCAAAUUAACGGUGGCCCGCCUCCCCCUCCUAAUUCCCGUGUGCAAUAUCCAAGUGAAACUCACAUUUCUUUCCGGCAUUAUGCAAAAAUUCAAUGCCCCGCUCGAUCGAUCGUUCUCCAUUGUCGUUUGUAAUUCCUCGGAGUGAGUACGUGCUAGAAUUGUCCAGAGAUCGGUAUCGACUACCACGUGAGGUCCUCCACUGCGACGACAAGUGAAUACAUUCGUUUAAAUAAUGUGUCUGGUUUGAAGUGUCAUCAGUCAUGGAGAUCUUGUCGCAAGCAAUUCUUAUAUCCCUAAAUGUCCUUUUGCUCAUAAGACAGACAGCUCAAGCCUCGGCCCAGGCAUCAGCCACCAGUGAAGUGAAUCAAUUAGCUUCUGCGAUCAAACGAAUCGACCCGAAUUCUCCGAUUCUCCUCGACGAGAAUGGAAACCCCAGGGAUAAGAGGGCGUUGGGAGUCCUUCUUCAGGGGCUGGUGCAAGCAUUCGGAUACAAUGCGACUCCAGUGCAACUCGCCUCCCUUCCGAAUCCGAACACAGUGGGGACGGUGGCUGCAGGGCCUCUGAGCAUAGACAUCAGGCAGGCGAGUCCUGGUGCGGCUCAGGCACCUGCAGCUCCACCAAUGCCCGCAGCACCACCAGCAUCACCGCCUGCUGCAGCAAUGCCAGCGGCAAUGCCAGCAGCAUCGGUACCGAGACGAAGAGAAACCCUGCGAUUCACUGGAGUCGUCAAUUUUGGAAAUAAUUCCGACAUCCUGGGGCAUUUGCGUCAGUAUGAACGACUGUUUCACGGAUCAACGACUGGACGACCACCAGCACCAGCCGGUCCCCCACCUGCACCAGCUGCAGCUCCAGCAGCUGCUCCAGCUCGACCUCCGGCGGCUCCUGCUCGACCUGCGCCAGCUCCAGCUAUAAAUCCUCGAACUGCUCAACAGAGACCUCCUCUUCUCGAACCUUAUUUCGUCCCUAUUCCAAUUCCAUUGUCACCGAAUAUUCAGAAUUUCCAAGAUCUGCAAUAUCCUCAGAGGCCGAUUAUAUCCUUUGUGACACCGAAUUCGGUGGAAACGUCACUGGAAUCAACAACUCCAACAGUUAUCGAGCAUCAGUACGUCAACAAAGAGCAUAAGGAAACUAAGAACGUCCAGUCCCAGAAGAUAAUCGGUGACAGGAACCCCAAUCUCGAUGAAAGGCGCAAUAAUCACCAGAAGAUUAUCGAAAAUAAUAACAAUCGAGAGCAGGAGAUAAUUUUAAAGAAUCAGAACAGACCAGGUUAUUCCGAUACCAGUGACGAAGAGGCGAUGGACAGAAGUCACGAGGACAACGAUCAAAAAGACGAGCGUGAAGAUGAUAAAGAGCCUGAGGAGGGAUACGCUGGAGACCCGCAAGGCGAAGGCUCGCCGACGUCGAACACCGAAGAUCAGGAAGAGGAAGUCAAGGAGGAAGAUGCUGGAGGUGAAAGCUACAACGACCAAUCCCAAAGUCCUGAAAGUGAGGCAGGAUCUGAACAAUAUAGUCAAGACGCCUCUGAAGAAGAGCAGGAGUCACCCCAAAAGCUCCCGAGCGACUCGACGGAGAAAAACGAACUGCCGAAGAUGUCUCUCGAAGAUGCUGAGGAGUACGUCCCCCAGAAAUACCCCAGUUACUACGGAAUUAAAUUACCCAUCGAGGAGAAACCUUUCCAAGGCCCUUUCAUGAACAGCUACGGUCAGAGCCUGGAGAAUUCCGGGAAAAUCGACGACAACGUCGCCGAUUACUUCCAGAGAUUCAAAAACGCACAGUCAGGAUUAUUCGAUGCCCAGAGCAUCAUCACCCCGCAAAUCCACAAGAGGCCCUGGUGGAUCGAAGGAGUCCCCAGAGACCCCAUACCUAGACUCCAUAAUGAUUACAAGAUCCCACUGCAGAAUAAAUUCGAGGAAUACGAAUUAAGGAACCCUAAGAGCCUGAAGGAGCAGGUGACCGAGGAGGAUGAAGGGAAAGUUGGUAAACAAAUUCGGGAAACGUAUGACAAGUCGUCAGAGGGCAGAGGGGUCAAGCAGGAGGGAAGGGUGAAAGGUCGAAAAAAGUCGGAGAAGUCGUCUAAACGACGAUCUCCAAAGGCAGAAGCGAAGAUCCAGGAAAUCAAACUGGAGAACAGAAUCGAACGGAAGCAAUUGCCGUUACGAUCCUUCGACUUCGUGAAGUACAGCCCUUAUUACAAACCGGUGCAGUACUUCUUCUCACCGGAGUCCUUACAAAAAUCGACGCAGUCCAUCCUCACGGACCAGAAUUACGAGAGAUAUCGGCACCGGGACGAUGAUCCCGAUGGGUCUGGGUCAUCCGAGGAGUCGCCUGAAGAGCAGCCUCCUGUGACCGUGAAGGUCGAUAAAUCUUCACGACUGACUGAACACCCAGAAAGUGGACAACAGCCUUCUGAAGAUGAUAAGAGUGAACAGACUCAUGAAGCACCUGCCAAUCAGGAAGACUUCGAGGGUUCAUCGGAGCAAUAUUCCAGCGACCAGACGGUCACACCGGGCUAUGGAGAUUCCCCUGAUUCAGGUGAAGCGACCGAGGAUGCCAAUACAACCCCUGGACCUCCCUCAGCAUACGAUUAUUCAGGAAGAGCUGUAGCCGAGGAUGUCAAUCAGGAACAGGAGACCGAUCCACCGAUCGCGGAGGCUGAUAAAGAUUAUUCCGAAGAUUCAGGGCAGAGCGAAUAUCAUCAUGAAUCAUCAGGUGAAUCAUCAACUGCAGAAAGCGAAGAUGAAGAGACUCCUGAGGAUUAUAAAUCUCAGGACAGCUCAUCGCCGACGAGUUACGAAGCCACACCGAUCGAUGAACCUCCGGUGACAGCUUCCCCAGAUGAACUUGCAGGCAGAGAUCAGCAGAAGGAGUUGCAUCUAACAGAAGCAUCAUCGCCAGGAGUCGAAGGCGUGCAGGAUGUCCGGAUAACAACGUACAACCCUGUGACCUACGAGUGGCAUUCAAGAAAUCAUAAUGACGACAGACAGAACGCCAUCCCCAGGAGCAAAAUAGUCCAGUACGAAUAUCCUAGUCCUGGAGAAGUGGGUGAGGACGACGGAACCAGCAUUCCACCUCAGUACCUGCCUUACUCCGGGGCGGCCCCUGUCUUCUCGCCGUUUGGAAACAGUCCGGAACCGAUUACUCCAGGUGAUUACCUUUACGGACGGAGGAUUGAGCCGUUGGUGAACGUCCGUCGAGGAGGCACUGCCGACGAGCAGAAUUAUAAUGAUGAUAAGGGAGCAGAGGCCCGGGUUUCGGAGAGAAAAAUCGAGGGCCCGACCAAAGGCACCAGCGGUCGGCGGACCCCGAAGACUGAUCGUCAUUCAGAGACCCGACGGGGGUCCAUCAGAGCCUCACCAUCGUCAGUAUCUCCAAGUGAAUUCAAGAGUGCCACCAGCCAAAGAUACGUCUCAGAAGGGCCUACGGGGGGAACGGGUGCUUAUUCCAGGGGACGGAGUAUGGGAUAUCCUAGAUAUUAUUGAUCUUGAAUGAGAGAAUGAUCACCAGAUGGAACGCAAGCGUCAUAUCGAUCUGGAGAAUAAAGUAACAGACAUUCUGGAUAGUCUGAAAAAUCGACUGCUGAUUGAUUCUUAACUAAUUUCUAAGAGAUCCAGAUGGAUCAAUACGAUUUAAAAAAUUAUCCAAAAACCGUAUGAAGUUGUUUCUAACGAAUGUACCAUUUUAAAUAUAAAAUAUUGAUUAGUGUGGAUUCUA